UGGCGAGUGCGGAUAACGGAUCCGCUUUCUCUUUGCCAUCUCCCAGCGGUCGUCGAUAAUAAACACUCGUCAAACAAAAUAUUCGAUCAAGACAUCCACCGACAGUCAAGAUGUAGGCCGCGCAGGGGAGACGGACGGCCUCGGAAACACGCUGACAGCGUUCAUCUCCUGCCUUGCUCAAUCAAGAUGUCUCUGGCUCAGAGGGUCUUGUUGACCUGGGUCUUCACCCUGGUCUUCCUCAUCAUGCUUGUGCUCAAACUGGACGGGAAGGUGCAGCUGAACUGGUUCCUCAUCUUCCUCCCCGUGUGGGUCUUCGACGGCAUCCUCCUGCUCAUGCUCGUCAUCAAGAUGGCCGGGCGCUGCAAGCCGGGCUUCGACCCGCGCAACGGCUCGCCGGACUUGCGCCUGCGCGCCUGGUACCUGGCGGCCGUGCUGCUCAAGCUGGCCUUCUGCCUGACGCUGUGCGCCAAGCUGGAGAAGCUGGCGGACGUGAAGGUCACGGUGGUGUGCGUCCCGCUAUGGACCGUGCUGCUGGGGGCGCUGGUCGAGCUGGGCCUCAACAUCUUCCCGGAGAGGAGAGAGGCCUGACGGCCGCGACGCCGCAAAAACUCACCUCCAGAGAUGUGAUUGUAUUCCUGCAACAACGCUACUGUGAAACGA